AUGUCUUUCUUAAGGAAUUUCUUCGGCACUACACCUGUCACUCCUCAGGAGAAGGAGGCGAAGACUCCCAUUCGCGCUCUGCCUGCUUCUUGGUACACUUCCAAGGAUAUGUACGAGCUCGAGCGACGAGCAAUCUUCUCUCGCAAGUGGCUCCUGACAACACACAAGCACCGCGUCCAGCCCGGUGAAUCUGUCAAAUAUGACGCUGCCGGCUUCGAGUUCCACAUCGUGAAUCACCAAGGUGAGAUCAGCGCCGUCAAUGACGAUCUCUCUCCCAUCCACACACAUCUCGACCGCAAUGGUUUCGUCUGGGUCAACCUCGAUGCCUCCGAGAACCCCAUCCCCUGGAACGAAGACUUCGAAGGCGUUGACGAGCAGCCCCGUUUCGACCACUAUAACUUCGAAGAGUACAACUUCGACCACUCCUGGGAAAUCGAGGGUGCCUUCAACUGGAAGAUCCUCGCAGAUAACUACAACGAAUGCUACCACUGCCAAGUUGCACACCCUGACAUCCCCACAAUCGCCGAUCUGCACUCAUACUACGUCAAGCCUAAGGACGGCCACAUCCAGCACUACGGUGCUCAGCGCGAUGACCAAAUCGCCAAGGGCUUCCGUAUCGCCACUACAUACUUCUGGCCCAAUGCCUCAUUCAACAUUAGCCCCAACUUCUUCUUCAUGCAGCGCUUCACUCCUACAAGCCCUACCCAGUGUGUAAUGCGCUACGAGGUCUACCGACACAAGGACGCGACCGAUGAGGCCUUCACUCUCAUCAGCGAUAUGUACAAGCGUAUCAUGUCCGAGGAUAAAUACCUCUGCAUUCACUCGCAGAAGAACCUCAACGCCGGCGUCUUUGUCAAUGGUGAACUGCACCCAGAGAUGGAAUUGGGUCCUCUCCACUUCCAGAAGACAGUACGCGAUGUGGUCAAGGAACAUCGUGAGAAGGAGCUGAUUGUUGGUCAUGAGAUUUGGCCUGCUGCUGAACUCUCGCAUCAGCGCACCGAGGCUAAUAAGGAGGAGGUUGCUCCUCUGUGCACGGUCAUUGAAACCUGGAGCGCUGAGAAGAAUGAGAUGCAAGAUACUUUGCAGGGAGGUCUUCCGCCAGCGAUUGCGGUUUAA